UGCAGCGGCUGAGAUAGGAGGAGGAGGAGGAGGGGGUUAGGGGGGACGGACGGACACACCAGCCGGGCACAGUCCCUCCAACAAACACCUUCACCUCAUCAUUUCCAGCAGCAUCACUGACAGGAACAACGAAUCUCAGAAAACGAUUUGACCCACUAUCUGACAACGGAGCUGCUGAGAUUUAGUCCGAACUGAGUGGAUUCUUCUUCUUCACCCCACCAGUCACCUUCAGUCUGCUGUGAAACCUGGUGGGAAAAUGUUCGUCGUGACACUGAAACACAGGAACAUGGACGGAAAUCGAAAGUGGGUUCCAGGUCUUGGAGCUGUGUUGUUGAUACUCCUGAGCCACAUGACUUCAGGACUCGAAGUGCCUCUUGACCCUAAAGUACUGGAAGGAUUGCCUCAACCUCCCACCAUAACGCUGCAGUCCCCGAAGGAUUACAUCUUUGAUCCGAGGGAGAACAUCAUCAUCCACUGUGAGGCCAAAGGGAAGCCUCAUCCCAGUUUCUCCUGGACGAGAAACGGGACUCACUUCGACGUGGACAAAGACUCCAAAGUCAUGAUGAAACCCGGUUCGGGAACCCUGGUGAUCGACAUCAGCGGGGAAAAGGCUGAAGCCUACGAGGGAACGUAUCAGUGCAGGGCUCAGAACGAGCACGGAGCUGCUCUGUCCAAUAACAUCGUCAUCAGACAGUCCAAGUCCCCCUUAUGGCCGAAGGAGAUAAUCGAGGCCAUUGUGGUUCAAACGGGGACCCCCCUCGUUCUUCCAUGCCGACCUCCUGCUGGACUACCUCCUCCUGUCAUCUUCUGGAUGGAUAAUAAUUUUCAGAGGCUGACCCUGGAUAAACGAGUYUCCCAAGCCCUGAAUGGAGACUUGUACUUUUCCAAUGUUCUCCCAGAAGACACCAGGAGUGACUACAUUUGCUACGCUCGCUUCCCCCACACACAGACCAUCCAGCAGAAGCAGCCCAUUUCAGUCAGAGUGCUGGACAGCAGGCCUGAGGGAGAGCGUCGCCCUGGUUUCAUGUUGCCUUUAGGCACCACCAGCACCAAGAUGGUUCUGAAAGGAGAGACUCUGGUGCUGGAGUGCAUCGCAGAAGGAUUGCCCACUCCAGAUGUUUCCUGGUACAGGGAUGAUGGGCAGCCCCUGAGCAGCAGGACCUCCUUCGAAAACUUCAAGAAAACACUGAAGAUUUCUAACGUGGAUGAAGAUGAUGCUGGUGUGUACCGCUGUACCGCCACUAACAAGCUGGGCUCACAACACCACAUCAUUAAAGUCAGCGUAAAAGCGGCUCCAUUCUGGGUCAGUGCUCCCAGGAACCUGAUCCUCGCUCCGAAUGAGACCGGCAUCCUAACUUGCCGAGUUAACGGAGAGCCUAAACCGGAUAUCCAAUGGUUUGUCAAUGGAAUCCCCUUAGAGAAUGUUCCUAAGGACCCCAGACGUAAGAUCGAUGGCGACACGGCCAUUCUGAGCAACGUGCUGACAGGAACCAGUGCUGUCUACCAAUGCAAUGCUUCCAAUGAGUUUGGCUACCUAAUGGCUAACGCUUUUGUUAGCGUUCUGGCUGAACCUCCAAGAGUGCUCACUCCAGCUAACAAAGUGUAUCGCGUCACCACCAACAAUCGGGCUUUACUCGACUGUUCCUCCUUCGGCUCUCCAAUACCCACCAUCACGUGGUUCAAAGACUUUCAGAUCAGCAUUAAGAACGGUGACCAAUAUGUGAUUUACGAGAAUGGUACUCUAGAAAUUAAUCUAGCCCAGCCGAUACACAGUGGAAACUACACCUGCAUCGCCACCAACAACCUGGGGAGAAGAGAGAAUCAGGUCUCCCUGGAGGUCAAAGAGUCCACUCGUAUCCUGAAACAGCCGGAGUACAGCGUGGUGCAGAGAGGAAUGAGCGCCGUGUUUGAGUGUAAAGUCAAACACGACAGAACCCUCACUCCCACCAUCACCUGGCUGAAAGACGGCCGAGAGCUGCCGCAAGACAGCAGGUUUGUGGUGGGCAAGGAGGGACUGACCAUCGACGAUGUUACUGAGGACGAUGAGGGCACUUAUACCUGCGUCACCACCACCAUUCUGGACGAGGACUCGGCCAGCGCCAGGCUGACUGUUGUUGAGGCAACUCCUACUCCCGCAGUAGUUUACGAGAAGCCUGACCCGCCGACUGACCUGGAACUGACUGAUCAGACGGAGAGGAACGUUCAGCUCACCUGGACCCCCGGAGACGAAAACAACAGCCCAACACAGACCACUAACAGGAUUCCAGUCUAACGGACCCGGUCUGGAAUACAAAGUCCAUUGGAGACAGAAGGACUUGGAAAAGGACUGGACGUCAAAAAAUGUUGCGAACUCUUCUCAGCUGGUCGUCUCUGGAACUCCAACCUAUGUGCCGUAUGAAAUAAAAGUUCAGGCUUUUAAUGAUUACGGCAACGGCCCUGAACCCCAAGUAGUGACUGGUCACUCCGGAGAGGACUUGCCUCUGUCUGCUCCUGACAACGUGCAGGUCAUGAUUCAUAACACCACACUGGCCAAAGUUCACUGGGAGCCCGUUUCUACUGCUUCUGUUCAAGGAGAGUUGCAAGGAUACAAGGUGUACUACCGCCGGGAGCGUGGCCUGCAGGAGGCGGGCGAAGGAGAUCAGCAGGAGCGAGUUUUGACUUUCAGUGGGAACCGUAGUGAGGGGAUGCUGCCGGGCCUUCAUCCUUACAGCCUAUACAGCGUCUUCAUCAGGGUCCUCAACAGCAAGGGAGAAGGACCGCCCAGUUCCAGCAAGACUUUUGAAACACCUGAAGGAGUUCCAGGUCCUCCUUCUUUUCUGAGUGUGAUCAACCCUGGUUUGGACUCUGUCACUCUGAACUGGGGCCCACCGGUUAGCAACAAUGGCCGCCUCACAGGGUACACCCUCAGAUACCAACCAGUCAACACGACGAGUGAGCUGGAACCACUGAGGGCUAUCAACCUGAAAGCCAACGAGACGACGUUCACGCUGGGCAGCCUGAACACCAGCGUGCUCUACAAGUUUUACUUAAGCGCAACGACAGUCAAGGGUCCCGGACCUAAUAUAACAGAAGAGGCCUACACAGCCAUGGAUAUAACUCUUAUUCAGCCCACUAUAGAGGCAGGCAAAGGCCCCACAGAGCCCCCUCACCAAACUUCCCCCACCUCUCAGUCUCUGCACUCCCCGUUUCACAAGGUGCCUCCUGUCGGCCCUGUGUUCGGCAGGGUUAACUCAUCUGGGAUUGAGGGAGGCGCAGUGAUCAGUUGGGAAUACUUCGGACUCCAAAAGAAUUUAUUUGUGGAAUAUAAUGUAGAAAACAGUGAAGAGGACUGGAAAAGGGAGGUGGUAAACGGUACGCACUCGCAUACGAUAAAAGGUUUAAAGCCGGGGACGUCCUAUAGGGUGCGUGUGGUAGCUAGAGACGGAGCGGACGUGGCGCUCCACAGGACAAACGAAGUGCUGGUUACGGUGCCAGCGGUUCCCAACCGUCAGAUCGACAUCGCCACGCAGGGCUGGUUCAUCGGCCUGAUGUGCGCCAUCGCUCUCCUCAUCCUCGUGCUUCUCAUCGUUUGCUUCAUCAAGAGGAACAAAGGUGGCAAAUACCCAGUGAAAGAGAAAGAAGAUGCUCACCAAGACCCUGAGAUCCAGCCUAUGAAGGAGGAUGAUGGAACGUUUGGGGAGUACAGCGACACGGAGGACCACAAGCCGCUGAAGGGCAGCCGGACGCCGUCCAACGGGACGGUGCGCCGCGACGAGAGCGACGACAGUUUAGUGGACUACGGGGAGGGCGGGGACGGGCAGUUCAACGAGGACGGCUCCUUCAUCGGCCAGUACAGCGGCAAGAAGGAGAAGGACACGCACGAAGGCAACGAGAGCUCGGAGGCCCCGUCGCCCGUCAACGCCAUGAACUCCUUCGUUUAACGAAAAGGGCUUCAGCCUGGUGACAGUCGUUGACUCGUCGACGGACACCCACGUUCACCACUUGGCGGCUGUCGUUCUGGUGGCCAAGGCUACCUCUCUAGACUGCUGACAUGUCGUCAUCUCCACCCCCUUCAGUCACACUGUGACCUCCCGAACCCCACCCCCCAAAUAACCGUUAAAA